CGCUCCGGAGGCGCCGGCUGCAUUUCCGGGUGCGCCGCGUGUGCUGGGUCGCGGGCUGCUCUCGCCAUGGCUUCUCGGGGCGGCCCCGCCAAGCCGCUGCUGUCGCUGAACCCGGAGACAGAUGAGCAGUUUCGGAAGGAGGUGGCGCAAAUCCGCCGGCGCGCCAAGAAGACGAAAAACCAACGAUCUGAAAAACUUACUCCUGGAGUGAUCUAUGUGGGCCAUUUACCACCUGCACUUUAUGAAACUCAGCUCCUCCAGUACUUCUCUCAAUUUGGCGCUGUCACGAAACUCAAACUGUGCAGGAGUCCAAAGACUGGAAAUAGCAAAGGAUAUGCCUUCGUGGAGUUUGAAUCAGAAGAUGUUGCCAAAAUAGUUGCUGAAACAAUGGACAACUAUCUUUUUGGUGAAAGAAUGUUGAAGUGUUAUGUUGUGCCGCCAGAAAAGGUACAUGAAGAACUUUUUAGAGAGUGGUAUAAGCCAUUUAAAAAGCCGUCAUUUCCAGCAGUACGGCGGUAUAAUAAGAACCGGAAUCUUGUUCAAAAGCUGCGGAUGGAGAAACGAUUUGUGAAGAAAGAAAAACUACUCAGAAAGAAGUUGGCGAAAAGGGGGAUUGAUUAUAGUUUCCCUUCUCUGGUUUUACACACCGAGGAGUCCAGCUCUGGGGAUUCUGAAAAGACCAAGACAGGGAAGAACAAGAAGAGGAAGAAGAUGACAAAAGUUGAUAACAAAAUCAGUCCUAAAACUUCUGAAAACACUGUGGAUAGCCAGGGCCCCACACCAGUUUGUACACCAACAUUUUUGGAGAAACGAAAAUCCGAAGUACUUAACAUGAAUGAUGAUAACGAUGAUGAAAUUAUUUUCAAACAACCUGUAUCUGAAGUAAAAGAAGACGAACAAGCAUCUCAGACACCUGCACGUUCAAAGAGAAAAAGACAGAAAAAAAGCAAUCAGUGAUCCUGAAUGUGUUGUGUAUAGUAUUGGGGGAAAUGUUUUUAUUACAAGAACUGAUUUAUAAAUAUAUAUAUAAUUCAGUGCAGCCACCUAGAAAAUUUUGGGAGGAAAAAUCUGUUGGUUAAUGUCAGUAAGGAAAACAGUUAUUUGGGCUUAACCAAUGGACCAGAAAAAUAGUACAAUAGUACAGGAGGACUUGCCUUGAAUGUGAUUGGUUCCUGUUCAUCCUUGGCAUCACAUAUGGUCCCCUGAACACUCCGGGUGUGACUCAAAACAGAAUAAGAUAUGCAGGGGCUGGAUUGAUAGCACAGUGGGUAGGGUGUUUGCCUUGCACGCAGCCAACCCAGGUUUGAUUGCCAGCAUCCCAUAUGGUCCCCUGAGCACUGCCAGGAGUAAUUUCUGAGUGCAAAGUCAGCAGUAACCCCUGUGCAUCACCAGGUGUGACCCAAAAAGCAAAAAAAAAAAAAAAAAAAGACAUGCAAAAUGAAAUACAAGCUUGCAUAGGAACUCUCAGUACCGGAUUCAUGCUGCCUCUCUGUCAUCAUCUUUGGGGUUUUGUUGUUGGUUUGGUUUGUCCUGUGGGGGUUUGGUCUGAUUUGGGUGCCACACCUGGCAGUGCUCGGAGGUUACUCUUCACCCUGCACUCAGGAACUAUUCCUAGUGGUGUUCAGGGACCAUAUAGGACCAUGCCGGGGAUUGAGUCCAGGUUGGCGUUGCACGAGGCAAACACCCUACCUGCUUUUAUAAUUAUCUGGUCCCAUUUUUGUUAUGUUUGGCACACCAGGUGAUGCUCAGGAUAUACUCCUGACUCUGUGCUUAGGAAUCUCACAGGAUUCUAUGUGAUGGGGGUGAAAUCAGGUUGGGCCACAUGCACAAGACCAGUACCUUGCCCACUGUACUCGCCCUGGCCCCAUCUUUGUUGGUUUUUUUUUUUUUUACACAAUACUAUUUUUAGUUCAUCUGCCUGAAAAGACUACUGUUAAUGGGUUUAAGUGCUAAGCUGUAUCCUUUGUUACCAUCUGAUAAAUCACUUGACCGUGCACUUGUAAUGUGGAGGGCUCUGUCACUUCAGUAUUGGAUCAGACUGAAAUAGACAAACGUAAGUUCAGUUUAUGGGAACUGAGAAAAAGUUCUGUUACUAAUACAGCUUCAUUUACAUAUUUGAUUAUUUUUUGACAAUGUUAAACUUUGAGUAUGCCGGCUUGAAUUAAUUGCCAUUAUUUAUGUGGGUUUGUAUUUCAAGAUUCAUUAACCAGCGAAUAAACUCUGCAUUUUGUGUACAA